AUGUCGUCCUAUUUUUUCUCGCCACAGCAACAGUACCACCACGCAAGCCAGCAGCACCACCAACACCAGCAACAACAUCACCAGCAACAUCACCAGCAGCAGCAGCAUCCCCUCCCUCCCUCCUCCCAUACUGCUGCCUCGUCUUCCAGCUCCCACCAUGGUGGUCGAUCCCGCCGUUCCCACAAGUCCUCACACAACAGCAAUAACAACAACAACGGCAGCAGCAACAACAACAACAACAACAGUUCCUCCCACCGCCAAUUCCGAGGCGUCAAAAGCAUGAGAGAACUAUCUGAAGCACCGGCAGUAUCUGCCUUCCGUGCUCGUUUCGAGGCAGGCCGCUCCUUCGACCUUGACGAUGACCUGGAAUUCUGUCCCAGUCUCCUGACAGAGGACGAUCUCCAAUCCAUCCACUCCUACGCUUCCGAUCGUUCCUCUCUCGCAAGUCUCUCCCCCGACUCCUCGCCCUUGCAACACCAAAUUCAGCCCGCCCAACAGGUGACACCGUCAAUCUCACUCUCCCCAGCCUCGAUCUCGAAUGCAUCAGCAUCCGCGGCUGCUGCUUUUGGGUAUAAUCUCAAUCAGAUGAAAGAUCCAUCAACCCUCUGCGGGUUAGGGUAA